AUACGAGACGUACCAACUCCUAGAGAGAGAGAGAGAGAGAGAAGAAGGGGAUCGCGUAUACACCUUUUUGUCGUCUUUGAUUUCGAGUUCUUGUGAAGAUUCAAGGUUCUGAUCAUGGCUUCAAGACCCAUCGUCCAGCAGCAUAACGGAGGAGGAGAGGCCGUUGGUAAACAGAAGAAUAUGGCGGCCGCUGAAGGGAGAAACCGCCGUGCCUUGGGUGAUAUUGGUAACCUUGUUACUGCUCGCGGAAUCGACGCCAAGCAGAUCACCCGCCCCGUUACUAGGAGCUUUUGUGCACAAUUACUUGCCAAUGCACAGGCAGUAGCAGCAGCUGAAAACAACAAGAAGUUGGUUCCGGUUAAUGUGGAUGGAGCAGUCAUCGUUGCCGAUGGAGUAGGAGGGAAAGGAGCUAAGGCUGUGGCUGUACCAAAGGUGGCUCCGAGAAAAGUCACUGUGAAACCGGAUCCCAAGACUGUGAUUGAGAUAAGUCCUGAUACCGUAGAAGAGAUUAAGAUCAAUAAGCCGGUAGUGAACGAUAAAAAACCCGGCUAUGGGUCCUCGAGAAAGAAGGCACAAACAACCCUCACCUCAAUCCUCACUGCUAGAAGCAAGGCUGCUUGUGGUCUAAAUGACAAGCCCAAGGAGCAUAUUCUUGAUAUCGAUGCUGCAGAUAUCGAUAACGAGUUGGCUGUUGUCGAAUACGUUGAAGAUAUGUACAAGUUCUACAAGCUUGUUGAGAAUGAAAGCAGGGUUCACGACUACAUGGACUCGCAGCCGGAGAUAAACGAGAGGAUGAGAGCAAUUCUGGUGGAUUGGUUGAUUGAAGUUCACAACAAAUUCGAACUCACGCCGGAGACUCUCUACCUCACCCUCAACAUCGUUGAUCGGUACCUUGCUUCAACGACAGUGUCCAGGAGGGAACUUCAGCUAGUUGGUCUCAGUUCCAUGCUUAUGGCCUCCAAAUAUGAAGAAAUCUGGGCCCCAGAGGUGAAUGACUUUGUGUGCAUAUCAGACAGAGCUUAUACACAUGCGCAGGUGCUUGUUAUGGAGAAAAGGAUUUUGGGAGAGCUGGAAUGGAACCUAACAGUUCCUACUCCUUACGUAUUCCUUGUCCGCUUCAUCAAAGCUUCUGUUCCAGAUCAACUUAUGGAGAACAUGGUGCAUUUCCUGGCUGAGUUGGGUAUUAUGAAUUAUGCAACCAUAAUAUACUGCCCAUCAAUGCUUGCUGCCUCAGCAGUUUACGCUGCCCGUUGCACCCUAAACAAGAGCCCCGUUUGGAACGAUACGCUGAAACUACACACAGGUUUCUCAGAGGCACAAGUGAUGGAUUGUGCUAAACUACUGGUUAGCUUCCACAAGAAGGCUGCAGAAAACAGCCUCAAGACAAUCUACAGAAAGUACUCGAAUCCCCAGCAAGGCGCUGUUGCCCUUUUCCCUCCAGCCAAAGCUUUAUUGGCUUCUACUACUACUCCUACAACGAUAUGAUCGUCGAAAGAAGAAAUAUGUGGUUUGUUACAGAAUUUGGAAUAGGUUUGAUCAUUGGUUUGUGAUGAUCAUCCUCUCUAGUGGUGGUUUUUCUGUUGUCUCUUGCUUUGGUGUUCUUGAAGAGUGUCCUGGAUUUUGCUUUUUGGUUACAGUUGUGCGUAGAAGUUUUCUUCUGUUCUUUUUUAUGUUGUUGGUACUUGAGUUUCUUCUUCUUUACAUAAAACUCAAGUACCUUUAUUCAAUUCAUUUGGCACAGUUCAGUAAUGAAUCAUUCCUAAAAUGACAAAGUUAUAUUUAAUUUUU